AUGUCCAACAGCAGCUCCAUCAGCCACUUCCUCCUACUGGCAUUGGCAGACACGCGGCAGCUGCAGCUGCUGCACUUCUGCCUCUUGCUGGGCAUCUCCCUGGCUGCCCUCCUGGGCAACGGCCUCAUCAUCAGCGCCGUAGCCUGCGGCCAGCACCUGCACACGCCCAUGUUCUUCUUCCUGCUCAACCUGGCCCUCACUGACCUGGGCUCCAUCUGCACCACUGUCCCCAAAGCCAUGCACAAUUCCCUCUGGGACACCAGGACCAUCUCUUACACAGGAUGUGCUGCACAGGUCUUUUUUUUUGUUUUCUGCGCUACAACAGAGUUUUCCCUCCUGACCGUCAUGUGCUACGACCGCUACGUGUCCAUCUGCAAACCCCUGCACUACGGGACCCUCCUGGGCAGCAGAGCUUGUGCCCACAUGGCAGCAGCUGCCUGGGCCAGUGGCUUUCUCAAUGCUGUCAUGCACACAGCCAAUACAUUUUCCCUGCCCCUGUGCCAUGGCAAUGCCCUGAGCCAGUUCUUUUGUGAAAUCCCACAGAUCCUCAAGCUCUCCUGCCUAAAUUCCUACCUCAGGGAACUGAGGCUUUUUGCUGUAAGUGGCUGUUUAUCUUUUGGUUCUUUUGUGUUCAUAGUUUUCUCCUAUGUGCAGAUCUUCAGGGCUGUGCUGAGGAUCCCCUCUGAGCAGGGACGGCACAAAGCCUUUUCCACCUGCCUCCCUCACCUGGCCGUGGUCUCGCUGUUCCUCAGCACCUCAUUUUUUGUCUACUUGAAGCCCCCUUCCAUUUCGUCCCUAUUCCUGGAUCUAUCCCUGUCAGUUCUGUACUCAGUGCUGCCUCCAGCCUUGAACCCCCUGAUCUACAGUCUGAGGAACCAGGAGCUCAAGAAUGCUCUCAGGGGACUGAUGACUGGAUGCUUUUCAGUGUUCACACACUGCCUGCUUCCCUCUGUCAUUGGCUCCUGGUGCACAUCAUGACAUGCCAAAUCUCUCUUCAUUUAGGUUUCCCCCAUUUCUGAUGCUGUUC